GGUCAGCUUCCUUGCUCCCGUCCUCGCUUGCUUUGUUUGGGAGGUUGUUGCUACCACUCUUCCAGCCGCAGCUCCUGCUCCUUCGCCAACAACGCUCGCCGCUUUCCACGACUCCUAGUCUUCGGGAAUUUGCUUUUCUGCUGAAGCAACAGGUCCACUUCUUUCGUGCACUCGGCGAAAGCAGGGCCUCCUCACCUCCUGUUCCUCUCCUUGCAAGCCUUGUGUUGGAGUUCUCGUCUCUGAGCCGCUUCUAGACGUCCUGUCUGUGUUGUUUAUUUCAAGCAGUCGGUGGAGGAAUCGGGGAGUGUUGGUCAAUUCGUUCGUCGUUUUCUCGCUGCAAUUGACCGUGAACGGUCAGAGAGACCAUUUCUGCUCUGUUUUCUUUCUUUAUUAAGUCUUCAGUAUCCUGGUUGCCGCUGUUGUAACGUUGCUGCUUCGUUCGUUCGAAUUCUCUCCUGUGAGCUCGUCAUCCUGUAAGUAAAGCUGGGGAAGGAAAGCCUCCCAGGUCGGGGAAAGGAAAGAGAGGACGAAAUGGCUGAAGCCAUAACGACUACAACCACGAUUCACCUGAAUGGUUCAGCUCCCACCAAAGGUUCCAUUGUGAAUGUGGGCAGCAAACGCUAUCACAUGGGUGACACUGCACCAAUCACAACUCCAAAAGCCGCGAAUGGUACUUCUGCUCCCAAAAAAGCUGUCAAUGGCGUCAGUGCCAGCAACAAGAGCUGCUUGUGGUUCGAAGAGGAGCUCGAAGAAGAUCUGCGUUGGGUGUUUGGCGUCUCAAAAAUCUUGCACACCGGAGUUAGCGAGUUUCAAGAUAUUCAACUGGUCGAGAGCGGGCCCUUCGGAAAGGUUCUGAUUCUUGAUGGGAAGCUACAGUCAGCUGAGGCCGAUGAGUUCGUGUAUCACGAAAGCAUUAUUCAUCCAGCCAUGUUGUAUCACAAAGACCCAAAGAACGUGUUCAUCAUGGGUGGAGGAGAAGGUUCCACUGCUAGAGAGGCCCUGAGGCACAAGAGUGCCAAGAAAGUGGUCAUGUGUGAUAUUGACAAGGAAGUGGUGGAUUUCUGCCGAGAGCAUUUGUCCGUGAACUCGGAGGCCUUUAAGAGCCGUCGCCUGGAACUCGUGAUCGCCGAUGCACGUGCUGAGUUGGAAAGGCGUGAAGAAACAUUUGACAUCAUUAUCGGAGAUCUGGCCGACCCUGUCGACGGAGGUCCGUGCUAUAGAUUGUAUACUCAAUCCUUUUACGAAUCCGUUUUGAAGCCGAGACUCGCCCCAGGAGGAAUCUUGGUCACACAGGCUGGGCCAGCAGGAAUUUUAACUCACACAGAGGUGUUUACGUCCAUUUACAACACUCUUCGACAAGUGUUCAAAUAUGUUGUGCCUUAUGCAGCCCACAUCCCAUCGUACGCCGACUCUUGGGGAUGGGUGAUGGCAUCCGACCACCCAUUUCCAGCAUUCAACGACGAAGAGACCGAUUCCAGGAUCUCCAAGCGACUCACUGGAGAUUUGCAAUUUCUGGACGGUACAACGAUGAGCGCCCUCUUCGCUCUCAACAAGCACGUGAGAAAAUCGUUGGCCCAGGAGUCUCACGUGUACACAGAGGAGACUGCCCGCUUCAUUCACGGACAUGGAACCAAUGCGAAAUCCCAUUAGAAGUGCCAUCGACCCUCAAAUCCAUAGACAGAUGAGAACGUUUUUGACAGAAUUUUAUGUACUGCUCAGCAGAUAAUCCGUGCCUCCUCCCUUCCAUCUUCACCACUUCACUCUGUCAUGCUGAAGGGGCACCCCGGCGCGUGAUCCUCGCCCAUUCAGACCUCAUACAUACCCUUCAGCUCGUAGAACAGUUGUGCUAUAUCGAAUUCCGUGAGAGGAGGAUCAUCUCGACAAGCUGUACUCGGCGCACUAGUAGCAGUAAGUUAGUAAGUCAUAAAGUGCUCGAGGCUUCAAGGAGUGCCACCCGCGAACAACAGGGCCUCCACAUCCAUCGAGCACUGACAGCAGUAGUUGUAGCGGAAUUAGCGGCAACAACAGGCGAACGAGAGCUUGCCUGUUCUUUGGACAAAAGGUCACCAUCAGCUCACCACCUGGUGGAGUCCAUUGUCCACCCAAUACUAUUUUGUAUAAUAAAGC